GCCGGCCCGCGCCCGCGCCUCUCCCGCCGCCCCGCCGGGCCCCGCGCUCCGCCGCCUCCUCGCCGCCCACCCCUCGGCGCGCCAGCCCCCGGGACUGCGCCGCCUGAGCCCGGCCCCUCCCUUGUUCGGGGCCGCGGCCCGCAGCGGGCCGGGGGCGGGUCCUGGCACCCACCAUGCGGGCAGAGCUCUGGCUCCUGGUGCUGGUGUUCAGGGAGGCUGCCCGGGCGCUGAGCCCCCCGCCCGGAGCAGGUCAGGAUGCAGGCCGAGGCUCUGGAUGGGCUGCCAAGGGGACCACGCAGGGUUGGAGUCGGAGAGCCCGAGAGAGCCCUGGGCAGGUGUUGGAGUCAGACAGGACCCAGCUGAGCCAAGACCCAGGCGGGGGCACCCUGGCCAUUGACACACUGCCUGAUAACAGGACCAGGGUGGUGGAGGACAACCACAACUACUAUGUGUCCCGUCUGUAUGGCCCCAACGAGCCCCGCAGCCGCGAGCUGUGGGUGGAUGUGGCCAAGGCCAACCAGAGCCAAGUGAAGGUCCAUAGAAUCCUCUCCAACACCCACCGGCAGGCUUCGAGAGUGGUCUUGUCCUUUGAUUUUCCUUUCUAUGGGCAUCCUCUGCGGCAGAUCACCAUAGCAACUGGAGGCUUCAUCUUCAUGGGGGACACGAUCCAUCGGAUGCUCACAGCGACUCAGUACGUGGCGCCUCUGAUGGCCAACUUCAACCCCGGCUACUCUGAGAAUUCGACGGUCGCUUAUUUUGACAAUGGGACAGUCUUUAUUGUUCAGUGGGACCACGUCUACCUCCAAGGCCGGGAGGACAGGGGCAGCUUCACUUUCCAGGCAGCUCUGCACCACGAUGGCCGCAUUGUGUUUGGCUACAAAGAGAUCCCUAUGCCUGUCCUGGAAAUCAGCUCCUCCCAGCACCCCGUCAAAGCAGGCCUGUCAGAUGCUUUCAUGAUUCUCAACCCUUCGCCGGAUGUCCCAGAAUCUCGGCGAAGGACCAUCUUCGAAUACCAUCGUGUGGAGCUGGACCCCAGCAAGGUCACCAGCACAUCAGCCGUGGAGUUCACCCCAAUGCCAACCUGCCUGCAGCAUCAGAGCUGUGACGCCUGCGUGUCCUCGGACCUGACCUUCAACUGCAGCUGGUGCCAUGUCCUCCAGAGAUGCUCCAGUGGUUUUGACCGCUACCGCCAGGAGUGGCUGGCCUACGGCUGUGCCCAGGAGGCAGAGGGCAGGACGUGUGAGGACUUCCGGGACGAUGGCCACUACUCGGCCUCCCCCAACAGCUCCUUCAGUCCCUUUGAUGGAGACCUCACCACCACUUCCUCCUCACUCUUCAUCGACAGCCUCACCACAGAAGAUGACACCAAGCUGAAUCCCUAUGCAGGAGGAGAGGGCCUUCAGAACAACCUGUCCCCCAAGACCAAGGGCCCCCCCGUGCACCUGGGCACCAUCGUGGGCAUCGUGCUAGCGGUUCUCCUGGUGGCAGCCAUUGUCCUGGCUGGGAUUUACAUCAACGGCCACCCCACCUCCAAUGCCGCGCUCUUCUUCAUCGAGCGGAGACCUCACCACUGGCCAGCAGUGAGAUUCCGCAACCACCCCAACCACUCCACCUACACGGAGGUCGAGCCCUCGGGCCACGAGAAGGAGGGCUUCGUGGAGGCUGAGCAGUGCUGAGGGCACCGGGCCUCCCCUUGGAAGGAUAGGAAAGAAGACCCGGGUCCCCAAAGAAGAUCAGUGGAAGCGAAGCGGUGAAGUGACUUUUCUCGGCUUCCUCUGAACUUGCCCUGGCUGGGAAGAUGGAGAUGAGACCCUGGCUUCCGGGGCCAGAGCCCCAGUUUGCCCAUUGCACACCACAUACUGAAGCAAGGGGCCCGGAAAGCAACCCCAUGAGGUGUUUAAGGGACAACAACCCAAUCUCAUCCUGUUUUGAUGUGAGGGUCUCUCAAUGGUCGCCCCCGGUGGUCCUGCCCCAGCGGCCCUUCCCACCUGAGGCACCUAACACCCCUCGGCAGGACACAGAGAGCAAGGCUCUAGGUUGGGGCCGCAUCCCAGGGUCCAUAGGCUCCAGAGCUGGUCCUCAUGGCUAUGGAUUCAGUGUAUAUCGCCCCAGCCUCGGCGGCUCUGGAAGUCUGAAGACGUUCUGGCCAUCUGCUAAACACAGGGACGGCUCUGUCUGGCAUGUCGUCACUGGAGGAAAGCCAAAUGCCAGGAGAGGAAAGAACUUGUUGGGGGAAAGUUGCAUUUUUAGGCCUUACUCCCUAGAGUUACCCUUUCUGCUGAGAACCAGUCUUACGUGGAGCGUGUGUGCCACCCUCCGCCUCAUGGGCUUUACCCCAACGGCGGCCCAGACUUGGCCUAGCCAGCCCUGCCGGGCACGGGUGCAUCUCGGUGUGGGGCUCCAGACUCUGACGGCACGUGUCGAGUCCCUGGUAUUCGCGGCCUGUCCUUCUGUCAGCGCCAGGAAGUACCUUCAAAGGCAGGGCCUACCAGACUAGUACCUUUUCUCCUCUGAGCUGGAUUUUUAUAGCCAUUAAAGAGAAGAAACAGGGUGGUAGGAGGACUUCUAGAGACUUACUCCGCAGGGAACUUCCGCUGGAUUCUGUCAAGGAGCAAAACUGCAGGAAGGGAUGGGAACAGAGGAAGCUGGCGUGGGAAGGAGGGACUUUCUGUGGAAAACCUUGAUCUGGAGAGUCGUUUCCAACCGCCCAGCUCUGCUGGAAGCUUUUGGAACAAAGCCUUUAGGCUCCCAAACUUCACCUGGUUCUAAGGGAAUUCUGUCCCAGGGAUGAGUUGGGGUUGCUUCUGAAGAGAAUUUUAAAAUUAAAAUCUAUAGCUCAACCUCAUUCAGAGUAAAGAAUAUCAGCAGCAAAUAAAUGUUUAAUCAAUCCCCACUGAGUCACGCCCUUUUAU